AUGGGGCAUUCAGCUUAUAGUGUCAAUCUUGGAUAUUCUGCCAACAUUGUUAGUCAUGUUGAAGAACCAGAAGCAAGUAGAUCAUCAGGUAAUAGCAACAUGCCAAUGUUCACCUCAGAGCAAUAUAAUCAACUUUUGAAAUUAAUCAGCCAUGAACCAGCAGUUGCAGAAGCCAAAGUUAACAUAGUAGGUAUAAAAGAAUUCCUUGGCACUUGUUUGCUUGCAGGUUCUGAACCUAACUCCUGGAUAAUUGGCACUGGGACCUCAAACCAUAUGGCUUCUAGUCUGGAUCUUUUAACUCAAUCUACUCUUGUGUUUCCCAAUACUAGUAAAGUCCAUCUGCCAAAUGGAAACAUUACAUCAGUAACACAUACAGGGUCAUUAAAUCUUUCUAAUGAUCUUGAAUUAUUUCCUGCUGCUUUUUCUGUGUCGGUUCCAGCUUCUACUCCAGCAUCUGCUUGUUCUCAAUCAAAGCAUUCAGAUCAUUCUUAUGUGCACACUCCACAACAAAAUGGAGUGGCUGAACAAAAGCACAUGCAUUUACUUGAAAUGGCUAGAGCUCUUAGGUUUCAAGCCCAUGUCCCCUUGAAAUUCUGGGGAGAAUGUGUUCUUACAGCUGCCUUCAUCAUUAACAGAUUGCCUUCUUCAGUUCUUUCAGGGAAAUCUCCUUAUGAGCUAUUUUAUGGUCAACCACAUUCACUUACUCAUCUUAAAGUGUUUGGCUAUCUGUGUUAUGCAACCACACCAUGCUUCACAAAUAAGUUCUCUUCUAAAGCCAUUCCUGCCAUUUUCAUGGGUUACUUAGAAACUCAAAAAGGAUAUAAGCUCUACAACAUUUCCUCAGGAACCUUUUUUCCAGCAGAGAUUCCAGCUCAUAUUUCUUCAUAUGAUGAUACAUUUCCUGCCAAGAAUGAUGUACCACCAUGUUCACCUCCAACUUCUGUUGCACAACCAGAGCCCUCUAGUCCACAACCACCUCCAUCUCCUGUUAUGCAUCCUAAUCCUACUGCCUCACCUCCUUCUCCCAUUGAGCCACAACCUACUCAUAUUUCAGAUGUUACUCUAAGGAAGUCUGCCAUGACAUUUAAUCCUCCCUUAUGGUUAAUUGAUUAUGUGCAUCAGGCAAGACUCCAAUUGGUUGCAAAAUGGGUUUAUAAGGUAAAGUACAAGGCAGAUAGGACUGUGGAAAGAUACAAAGCUCGCUUAGUUGCCAAGGGGUUCACUCAACAAGAGGGACUGGAUUACCAUGAGACCUUCUCACCUGUGGUGAAGAUGGUCAGAGUUAGGAGUGUUUGCUCUAGCUGCUCAGUAUGGUUGGCCCUUACUUCAGAUGGAUGUGUACAACGCUUUCCUACAGGGUGA